AUGCCCGUGGGGCGGCGGCGGGCUGGAGGAGGCGGCCCCACGCGGCACGGUCCUGGGUCAUCGGGGGGGUCGGAACUCGGGCGCCUGGGUGCGGGCCGUGAGGUCAGCUCCCUCCUGGUCUCUGCUGCACCUCGCUCUCUGUGUGGACUCAGCGCCGUGGACCGGAGCGUUCUGAUCCACAAACCAGAUAAAGGACUAGACCCAGACAAGAUCUUCUCCAUGUUGCCGGUCCAAAAGGCAGAGCCGUUCCCAGACCAUCUGGAAGAUCUGUUGGGCUGUGUGAAAGUGAGGUCCAAGCGUCAGCUGGGGUGGUACGAGGAAACCAGGAGUAGAACAAACAAGAACGACGUUUACCAUUUGCUACGGGAGCGAGGACUCAAAAUAGCCACCAACCUCUUUGUCCGGACGCCGUCGUGUGUGAACUACAGAGGCGUGGAGUACCACCACGGGGGUCACCAUCCAUGGUCGUACCACCGUCAUUAUGGUACACAUGCUAUACUUGAAACGAGGGUACGGCUUUCAUCAGCCCCACAGCUGGUGGGGUCUCAGACCAGACCCUCCACCCCAGUCCCUGCUCCUUCUCCAGAGAAAACCGUUCGUACCUUUUUCCCCGAGACUUGGAUCUGGGACCUGGUGGAAGUGGGAGAGUCUGGCCACACGGCGGUUCCACUGAAAGUACCUGACACCAUCACCACGUGGCAGAGCGAGGCCUUCUGUCUGUCCCCAGAGCUUGGCAUCGGACUCGCAACCCCGCAGCAGCUCACUGUGUUCCAGCCCUUCUUCUUGGAGCUGUCUCUGCCCUACUCUGUCAUUCGAGGAGAGAGCUUCGAGCUGAAGGCCACGGUCUUCAACUACCUCCAGACCUGCAUCAUGAUGGACGUCCGCUCAGACCCGUCUCCAGACUUCAGCCUGACUCCUCUCUCAGACCAGUACAUGUCCUGUCUUUGUGCCAACGAACGCAAGACCCUGAGCUGGACCCUGCUCCCAUCUGCUCUCGGUGAAGUGAACAUCACUGUGAGGGCGGAGGCAGUUCCGUCUCAGGUUCAGUGCGGGAACGAGAUCCUUAGUGUUCCAGAGCGAGGACGAGUGGACGAGGUCACCAAACCACUGCGGGUCAAGCCUGAAGGCACCGAGGUAUCAGUGGCCCACAACUGGCUCCUCUGUCCAAAAGGGGAGUCUCUGAAGGAGCAGGUGGAGCUUACGUUGCCUGACAAUGUGGUUCCUGGAUCGGCCCGAGCCACUGUGUCUGUGCUGGGAGACAUUCUUGGCCGAGCCAUGAAGAACCUGGACGGUCUCCUGAAGAUGCCGUACGGCUGUGGGGAGCAGAACAUGGCUCUUCUGGCCCCAAACAUCUACAUCCUGCAGUACCUGAAAGAGACUGGCCAGCUGUCCCCUGAGGUCCAGGAGAAGGCCCUCAAGUUCCUGAGCAGUGGAUACCAGCGGCAGCUCAACUACAAACACAGUGAUGGAGGUUACAGUGCGUUUGGUCAUGGAGAAGGGAACACAUGGUUGACUGCCUUCGUGGUGCGCUGCUUCUCUAAGGCCAAGUCCUUUGUCUACAUUGACCCAGAGAAGAUUCAUCAGUCCAGGGUCUGGCUCCAGUGGCGACAGAGACCUGAUGGCUGCUUUUGGCCCUCAGGGAAACUCUUCAACAACCGCCUGAAGGGCGGAGUCUCGGAUGACGUCACCCUCAGCGCCUACAUCACUGCGGCUCUUCUGGAGAUGAACAUGUCAAGAACCGACUCUGUUGUAGAGCGCAGUCUGUCCUGCCUGAAGAACCACUCCCUCAGUGUGGAGAGCUCCUACACCUCGGCGCUCAUGGCUUAUGUGUUCAGUUUGUCUGGAGACCUAGAGACUCGGGCUCAGCUGCUGCAGAGGCUGCAGUCCCAGGCCACUGAAGAAGGAGGCCUGGUGCACUGGUCCUCCUCUUCCUCCUCGGUGGCCGUGGAGACUUCCUCCUAUGUGCUCCUCUCCACUCUCACCUUCUCCUCUCUGGGAGCGGAGGAGCUGGGAUACGCCUCCAAGAUUGUCCGCUGGCUUACGGGACAACAGAACAAAUACGGAGGCUUCCAGUCCACACAGGACACAGUGGUGGCGCUGCAGGCCCUUUCUCUGUACUCCACUCUGGUCUUCAGUCCAGAUGGGUCCAGUUCAGUCCUGGUCCAGGAUGAGACCAGGUCCACGUCUCUGUCCUUCUCUGUGGAUCCCAGCAACAAGCUGCUGUACCAGGAGCAACCUCUGGGGGGCGCCACCGGAAAGUUCAGUGUGGAGGCCUCAGGGAGCGCCUGUGUCUCUGUGCAGAUGUCCGUGUUCUACCACAUCCCCCCGCCCCCUCAGCAGAACACUCUGUGGCUGAAGGCGGAGCGAGAGAUGGACUGUGGAUCCUCCGUGCUCAAGCUGCAGCUGCACACUCAGUUCCUUGGAGAAAACAACAGCUCAGACACAAACAUGAUGAUCCUGGACGUGAAGCUGCUGUCGGGGUUUGUCCCAGAGAAGAAGUCUCUUGAAGAUUUACAGUUUGUAAAGCGUGUGGACCGUGUGGAGCACAACAACGACCACGUCCUUGUCUACAUCCGCGAGCUGCUGAAGGAUGAGAGAGCCGCCUUCCCUCUGACUCUGGUCCAGGAGACUCCAGUCCAGAACCUCAAAGCUGCUGUGGUCCGACUCUAUGACUACUACCAGCCAAGUGACCAGGCAGAGACAGAGUACACAUCACCAUGUGGAGCACCCACUAACGACUGA